UCCAAAUCCCUCUCCUCUCUCUCUCUCUCUCUUUCUAGGGUUUCGAGGAUCCAUGAAGAAGGACUCACCUGACCCGCGUCCCCCGCCGCACCGGAGCCGAUCCCUCGGCUCCGCCGGCGCCGGCGCCGCCGUGGAGGACGUCGGAUUCCCCUCUCGCGCCUCCACCUCCGCCGUGCCCUUCUCCUGGGAGCAGCGGCCCGGGAUCCCCAAACCCUCCGGUAACCUCGCCUCCCCCUCCCCGCCCUCACCCCGCUCCGAUCCCCUCCUCCCCCUCCCCCCUCCCCUCCGCCCCGCCCCCCUCGCCCCCCGCCGGAGACGAUCCACCACCUCCUCCUCCGCCGCCGAUCCCGAUCCCUUCGCGGCGGCGCUCGCCGAGUGCGCCAAGGAUCCACCGCCGCGGGACACGGAGGAGAUCUGGUGGACCGCCGCCGCCGCCGCGGGGGAGCGGCGGAGGGCCGCGGCGGAGAGGUUAGGGUUUAUGGGGGGGAUGUACGGGUCGUGCAAGGCGGGGUGCUCCGUCGUGGAGUCGACGGUGCACGUGCCCCGGUCCGGGAUCCGGACCGGGGCCUACGGCCUCGUGAACCGCCGAUGAACCGGGUCCGGCUCACUGGUAUCGUUGUACAUAAAUGAGGCUAAAUUAUACUUUUGGUAAGUUUAAGGGGUGUGACAAACACUCAGGCUUCAAGCUUUAAUUAUUUGUAAUUUUUUAUCUCAACAUUCCACGUUGUUGCAAUCAACUCGCAUCAGUCAAAUUAGUUGACUAAAUAUGACAUAUUGUUAGCGCAACAGUGAUGUGAUAGUAUUAUAAUCGAUAAUAUAAUAAUAACUAAAAUAUUAUAUCACUAUUAUAUUAGCUUAUUUAGUUAAUUAAUUUGGACAUGUGAAACUUUGAUUGCAACAAUGUCGAAAGUUUAAAUUAAAAAUUACAACAAAUUAAAGCUUGAGAAUCAAGGCCACAAGUAUGAUUUAGCCUUUCUCUUUUGGAAGAAAAUGUACAAAGAAGCCGUGAACUUUAGCUUUUUUGCGAGCAAAUGCUUAAACUUUUAAUUUUGAUGAUUAGACAUUCUAAAUUUUAUCAAAUAAUUUAAUAUUUUUUUUCUUAAUAUACCGUAGUUUUGAUUGCACAUCUUCCAGAUAAUCUUAUAAUAAAACUUUGAAAUACGAAGAAAUCUACUUUCUGUUCCCAAUUUUAAUAAUUUAGAGUGAAUAUUGAAGAAUCGGAUGAUCUAUUUACAAUUUUUCUUACUUUUAUUAUAUGCUGUAAUAGAAGAAAUAAUUUUCUUUGUGUUUGAAGCUUUACAAGAUUAUUUGCAAGACCUGUGAUCAAAAUAGCUGUAUAAUUAGCAACUCGAAUUAAAGAGAUGAACUUGUUGAACUAUCUUAUAAAGUUUAGAAAUUUCAAUUGCUAAAAGUGAAAGUUUGGGAGUUUGUCUGUAAAGGAGCUAAAAUCCAGGAGCUCUUUGUACAUUUUUUUUUUUAUUUUCAAGGUAAAUAAAUUACACCAAUAGUCCUUAAAUGAUCUUGAACAUUGCAAUUUAGUUCUGAGUUUUAAUCUGUCACACUUUAGUCCUCAAAAAUAUGACUUUGCGUUCGUGCCAAUGAGUUCGGCGCAGAAAAAGUUCCCCCAAAACUAUCUCCGAGUUUUUCUAUGUUUUAUGCUUAUAUAUGAUAGAUUGACAAGCAUAAGAAUUAAAAUUUGAGGAUUAACGUGCAAUUGUGCACUAGUUUAAGGACGAUUACUGUAAUUUUUCCUUUUUUUGAAUAAAAUUUAAAGCCAAAUUUGGCUUCGUCAAUAA